CACCCUUUGAGUGUGAGUCAAGCAACCGGGUAGCCUUAGGGACAAUCCCUGAACUGUGGCAUCUCUGGGGAUCAGCUAGGAGGAACAAUCCAGGGUUCACCAUACCGAUUUUCAUGAAAGGACGUUUAAACAUCUUUCUCGAGACACAAUACUGGAAGGCCUAGCUCAUUGCUCAGUGAAAUUGGUCAGUUCGAGGGCUAGGAACAGCCAAACAAAAUCCAUCUGCUUCUCCCAACCAGAGAAGAUCUAUUUUGGGGGGCCAAUCUGUCCAACAACGUUUACCACAUCUUUCCUAUUACCUGCUGCUUUCCAAGAUGUUCACAGAAUAUUUCAAGUAUAAGGGAAUCAGCUUCCCUCAAAUAAUCUAUUCUGAACAGGUGUUACAGAUGGUGGAAAACAAUUUCCAAGUUCGAGAUGAUGAUAUUUUCAACGUCACCUACCAGAAAUCAGGGACUGUGUGGAUGCUGGAGAUUUUAAGUCUCAUCCGUAGCAACGGUGACCCCACCUGGUGCCAAACAGUCCCCAACUGGGACCGGGCCCCUUGGUUUGAGACGGUGUUAGGAUACAGGAUUGCUUUGACCAACAAAUCACCGCGUAUUAUUAGUUCUCACCUCCCGGCACACCUCUUUGCAAAGUCCUUCUUCAAAUCGAAAGCUAAGAUAAUCUACACAGUCAGGAAUCCGAAAGAUGUCCUGGUAUCGCUCUAUCAUUUUGCCUCGAUGUUUCGCCCCUAUAAAGACCCAGGCACCUUGGAUCAAUUUCUCGAUGUCUUUCUAAAAGGAGAUGUGCCUUUUGGCUCCUGGUUCGACCAUGUUAAAGGCUGGAUGAACUUGAAAGACAAGGAAAACUUCUUCUUCAUCACCUAUGAGGAGCUGCAAGAGGAUCUGCGGGGGAGUAUCGUCCGUAUUUGCCAGUUCCUGGGCAAAGACUUAGACGAUGCAGCCAUAGACUCUGUGGUGGCGAAUGCCUCCUUCGGAGCCAUGAAAAGCAAUAAGAUGUCCAACUUCUCACUCUCGCCACGCUUCCUCAUGAACCAGAAGAAAAGCCCAUUUCUCCGCAAAGGUGACCAAGAGCAAGGGAUCUCUGGUGAUUGGAAAAACCAUCUGACCACUGCACAGAGUGAAUGUUUCGACCGGGUCUACCAGGAACGUAAACGAGAGCUGAACCUUACAUUUCCAUGGGACAAAGAAUGAAGUGCUGGUUUCUCUUCUGAUUCUCUCCCUUACUGGAUUGAUUAAUGACUUGUCAGGAUAUUAACUGUCUAGCACAAUAUGCUGUAGCUUAGUGGAAACAUCUGGGACGGGAUAGUCGGGAGUCUGCUCUCCUGAAUUUCAUGGGAUUAAAAUAGGAUGUAGCAAGUAAGAAUGGGGAGCCAUGUUCCCAGAAGCAAAUGGGAUGUGGUAGAUUUACAUUCCAGAACGGACCAAAUUGUGGCUUGGAAGCCAUAAAGGUCUUGAAGGCACCUGAGGCAGCAAGUAAAAUGGAAGCUAAGAACAGCAGGAUGUGGUCAGUGCCUGAUGGGGGAGAGAGAGAGAGAGAGAGAGAGAGAGAGAGAGAGCAUCGGAUAACCCUUUGUUCACCAUCUUGAGUUCCACGGUGGAAGAAAGGUGGGAUGUAAAUGUAAUACUAUUAAAAUAAAUAAAUAAAUGCU